UAUUGGACAGUUUCUUUUGUAUAUUAUAUGACUUUAUAAACUCCAACAACAAUGUGCUUCUAUUUUUUGUUUCAGGCUAAAUCUACCCAAGACGUUGGCUGUCAGACUGAUUUAGUAAUCUGCAAAAAUGCACUUGUCCAGGCUCAUGUAAAGCCUUAUCGACGUAGCAAAGCCACACAGUUUAGAGCUCCCAGCCGCAGUGUGUCUUGUGACACAGGUACCGUGACGGAAAUUCAUCUUCCACAAAGUCCCAGAGCUGCGUCCACACCCCUGAAAAGACCAUGAUAUGAGGUGUCUGUUGUUGAUCCCAGCUUCCACCUCAAUGACAGUGCAAGCUCAGUGAACUGUUCAAGGUAAAAAAAAAUUAUAACAUUUUAGAAUUUUUUAGUUAUGACCAUAUAUAUAAAUGUAUGUGUUCUAUACAGCUCUUUCACUGAGGUCCAUCCACAAAAGGACAAGAAGUACAUUGUUCAUGAGAAACAGUUGCUGGGGCUGUUCAGAAGGUGUCCCGUUUGUACCGGUCGUUGUGUUGUGAACACGACAACAGUCGGCACACUGCUCCGUGUGACACAACGGUGUUCAUGCUGUGAGCACUACAAUGAAUGGUCCAGUCAGCCCAUGGUGAACAGCAUCCCAGCAGGAAACCUCCAGCUCUGUGCUGCUGUCCUUUUCACAGGCUCAUCAUUUAGCCAGAUUUCUAAGUUCCUGGGUGCCUUCAAUGUGCAGGGACUGUCCAAGCAGUCAUUCUGUCGGCAUCAGGCAAAGCUCUUAAUUCCAACAGUGAGCUGGCAGUGGCAGCUAGAGCAAGCUGAUAUCAUCCAGGAGGCUACUGAAUCUGGACCUGUGACUCUUGGUGGUGACAUGCGAGCUGAUUCACCUGGACACUCAGCCAAAUAUGGCAGCUACACCAUGAUGGAUCUCAAAAGAAACAAAGUUAUUGAUAUCCAACUUGUACAGGUACAACAUUACCUGAUGAUUCCAAAACAUUUAAUGGUUAAUUAUUCACAGAUCAAUGGAGAAUUAUGUUUAUUUUCAGAGCAAUGAAGUUGGGAAUAGUGUGCGAAUGGAGAAGGAGGGAUUUGUGAGAAGUCUGAGCACACUUUUGGAGAGGGGGGUCGAUGUGCAGCAAGUCGUGACUGACCGCCACACAGGAGUGCAGAAGUAUUUGAGGCAGGAA